UAGUCGGCGACUGAGGAGCGCAGUGUUUGUCUUCGGUUUGCUCUCUGUCCGACAACUUGAGAUUGAAGAGUUCGGUUGACGCGAAAGGAAAUGAGGGGAAAAUUGAAAGCGAGGGGGGGGGGGGGGGUUAUACUCUUUUGGGUCCUUCCGUUUCGGGCGCUGGCGAACAUUGGAAGUCACGAUCCGAUGGCGUCUCCAACAGAGGCUGCAGUAGUGCGAGGCAAGCGCACCCAAACAUGCCCUACGCGGGGCCAAAUUCGGAUAACCGUUGUGCCGAUUCAUCGUGCGCACGCUAUCUUGGCUGCAGAGACUUUAUCCCGAAUAGGUUGUUUGACAUGGAAGUCGAACAGGCUAUGCACACCCAAACUCGUCCACCCUCCAGCGCGUUGCAGUCAAGUUAAAUGGAAGCUAGCCAUGUUUGUUGGGCGACAUGGCAAUUCAUGAUUGCAUGCAGCACCAGUGUAUCCUCGGAAGGUCAAGCGAUGCGUGGUAGGUGAAUGCAUUUGAUUGCACGCCGUUGGUCAAGGGAGCCCAACGGCCAAAAGAUCAACAACGGCUAGUAGAUGCACAUGCAGGAUUCAAUAUGACGAUAAUUAGUUCGAGGCGCGUCUGACGAGUAGACAGGGCA